AUGAAGACUUCCCUCCUCGCCAUCCUCGCCGCCGCCAUCACCCUCGCCUCCGCGAGCGUCAUCGUCAUCGACACAGAUGCGCACUCUCUCAACAUCGACGUCGGUACCAAGCACACCGACUGCAACGAGUUUUGUGCUGAUGCUGGCAAGCAGUGCCGUGCCCGCGGUCUCCCAAGCAAGCUCUGCGACGUCGUCCGCGGCCAAUGCGCCCACGAGUGUAUCGAGACCUACGCCCCUCUCGACACCUUCGAUGCCUACGCGGACGAGAACUGCGUCGAGAACUGCAUAGAAGAGUCGCACAAGUGCCGCCAACGGCGCGGACGAGAAGGAGACUACAACCCUCUUUACUUCGGACGCGAGAAGGUCGGAUACACUGCUAGGGGCGAUUCGUGCCGUGACAACUGCAUCGACAGGGAGCGCCGGUGCGAGCAGAGCGGUAUGCCGGCGUGGCAGUGCCAGACCGAGCAAGAGAAGUGUUUCAAGGAUUGCAGCGCGCCGCCGAGCGAACUCGUGCUUGCGAUGUACGCUGACGAGGGAUGCGUGCAGACUGUUCCCGAAAACCUUGGGAAUGAGCAACUUUUUUUUUCGCGAGUGAGGCGCGUCGCGCAGUUCACGGCCAUAUCGGCCCGUGAGCUACUUGUAGGCGCAAAUUCGUCUUGCGCUUCUUCCCUCUCCUCGCUUUCAAUCCUUGCUUCGCUUACUGCUUCCAAUGGUCGCUAG